AUGGACAGAAAAGCUGAAGGUCAGUAUCAACUGAGAGAGAGGUCUGAACACACAACUGCAGUAGUAGGAGAGGUACUGUAUUGCUGGGGAGGGGCUUGGGAAGGAUUAGUUGGGUCACACGAUUCUCCUACAAAGAGACAGUGUACUUCUGCUAUUGAUGCGUUUAACUUAUUAUCUGGUGUUUGGUCCUCUCAACCUACUAGAGGUACUCCUCCCUUGGGAAUCAUAGGAGUCUCCUGUACCACCAUUAAUAAUAAUAUUUAUUAUUUUGGUGGCUAUUGUGGCCAUGACUCCUGCUACCAUAACAGUUUGAACUGUUUAGACACUUUAACUCUUCAAUGGAAAGAAUUACAGCCAACUAGUGACAAUUCUGUGACUAAGAGAGGCUUUGGAGGCAUGAUAGUAAUGGGAAGUGAACCUCAACAAUUACUGGUUAUUGGUGGGGAGGCUCCUAUAUCAACUAUUACACAGUAUCAUCAUCAAUUUGAGUACAUUAAGAUAACUGGUCAUGUUGAUCGUGUUAGAACUAAUGAACAGAAUAUCUACAACCUGUCCAGUGGACAAUGGACUGUUCCAUCUGUCAGUGGACAGUGUUGCCCUCCAACUAGUGCCUUUAUAAUUGAAAGGAUCAAUCAUAAUAAAGGAAUUAUGUAUGGAGGAGCAGUGGCUGAUAGUGGUAGACCUACUAACAGUAUCUACUUGUUUCAAUUAUCACAUAAUACAAUAAACUGGGAGUGUCUUAAACAAGGAGCAAUACUUAAUGAUGGACUGUGGCCUGAGGAGAGAUGGGCUCAUGCCAUGAUUGGUGGAAUGGAAGAUUCAACCAGUGAAUGA